GUAUCUAUGUUUCAGAGCCUGUAAAAUAAAUUACUGCCAACUGCUUUCGUUAGUUGCGGAUAUCUGAUUCGGUGCUGUUAAAUUGUUAUGUGACAACCUGUUUGGGUUAUUGAAAUUAGAUUUCUGCAUGACUUAAAUUAUAUAUCGUAGAGGUUUGUUGGUGUUAUUGUAAAAAAAGGAAGUUGGAAAAAAGCAAUUAUGACUGAGGAUAUGAAGAAAUACUUGAAUCAGUUAUUAUGUAGGGUAGAUGGCCUUCACUGUAUCUUAAUAACGGACAGAGACGGCGUUCCAGUUUUGAAAGUUACUAAUGAUAAGGCUCCAGAGCUUGCAAUGAGACCAAGUUUCCUCACAACAUUUGGGAUGGCAACAGAUCAGGGUGGCAAGUUGGGAUUAGGAAAGAACAGGACCUUGAUCUGCAUGUAUUCAACAUUUCAGGUUGUUCAGAUCAACAAAUUACCUCUAGUAAUCAGUUUCAUUGGCAGUGUUUCUUGCAACACUGGUCAAAUCUUGUUACUGGAGCAGCACAUUGAACCUCUCCUUAGUGACCUUAAAAUGGUUGUUGCAGAAUCAUGAACCAUAACAUAAACAGUGAUUGAUCUUGCCAUGCUGACUGAACUAUCUUCUGGAUAUAACUAGAAAUGUACAAAGAUGUUUGUCUUCAUAUAACAGAUUUGAAGGUGUUAGAUUUGUUUCUAAAGAAAAUAUACUCUUAAAAUUUCUUCUGUUUAUUAUAUAUAGUCAUUUGAACUUUGAAAUAUAUUUUGUUUGUAAAAACUAACUUUUUAUAGAGAAUUUCAAAUCGGAAAUGGUCACUGUUAGUAGAGUGUGCUUUCUGUGGUCUGGAGAUAGGAACUAGCUCUGUCGAUGGGCCCAGCAGAGUAGGUUUUACCUGAAGAUGGAGAUAAAUUCCAGUAUCCAAAACGCUGUGUUUUAUUAAAUCUGGGACUGGAUAAUGUCCAGAAAGUAGUUUGCUUCAACAACACACACCAUUGUUGCAAACCUUCAGAAUUAAAUUGUUAUUGAUGUCUGUAGUAAGUCUUCAGAUGUCUCUGUAUAUUAA